AUGCAGAAUAGGUCCACUCUUCAAAAUGGUGCAAUUUUUGGGGCUCCUUUAGCCCUUCUAGUGGGCGUAAUAUCUCGCUUUUCAAUACGAGUGCCAGAAUGGCUUUCUGGACCCACUGAAACGGCCAGUAAUAUGACAGCGUACGAUGUUGUGCAUGUGUGUCGAUGCCAGGAGCAGGUUAUCGAAUGGCCCGACGUUUUUCAGUUUCUGGGCCGUCAGCUAAGGCAACUUAUAAACCCAGACUGGGUGCCGUUGGCAUUGAACAUAGUGCUGACGCUAAAUGUGAUCCUGGCGACAUCGAAGCAUUUGAAAGCGAGAUUUAAAAAAGAAGUGACAAAUUCUUCAGUCAUCACGAAACCGUGUGAAUUCGAUGCAGACCAAUCCAGUCCGUAUUCGUCACUAUUCGGGCCACGAGAACGAGCAGUUCUGCAAUUCGAAAAAGCGAAGCUGAAGCAGCUGAAUUUCAAAUACAGCAACGAGGACUCGUGGAUCCUGGAGGAGGACUGUCUGCUGCCGAAAACAGUGGUCAAGAAAACGAGCAAUGGCAGUGAACGCACCCUUCGCAGCCCGCGGACUUUGCUGUCCAACUUGUCGCCAUCGACACUGGUAACGUCGGCUGUCGUUCAGGUCAGCACACCACAGAAGCGGUCGCCGUCACCACAGAGCGAAAACCUGCAAUCUGAGGCCCUGCUGCCGGCUGUGCCAGAGUCCUUCACGGAUUCGUCACUUCUCACGCCAAAACUAAAAUUUGGCUCUACUAGCAGGCCUCCGCACUCCCCAAGACCACCAAAAUCACCGAACAUGGACUCGAACCACGCUCCACCAGCCGUGAGUAUAUCCAAUGACGUGUUCGUCUUAGAUCCUCGAGAUUCCUCUCCAACGGCUUCAUCGUCCCGUUCCAACGUCAAAAGCCUUCUCCAAACUCCAGAGCACUUCUCUCCUCCCUUCCACCAGCCUUCACCCAUCAAAUCCAGCAUUUUGAAGACAGAAGUAACCCAAGAAGAGGUGUACUCACAGCCGUUCACCUACUAA